CGAAACAUUUCAAUAUAUUUUUCGUUCCAUUAACACGUUGAUCGCCACGUCACUUCGAAAUGGGUGACAGGACUUUCUAUAAAGUUUUAAAAAUUGUCAAGGAAGCAACAUUUCUUGAUAGACGUAUCGGCUGAACUAUUGAAGACAAUAGUUGAAAUGAUUGAGAAUACUAGACUAUUGGACCGUUGAAAUUCUAGAGGCAAGCUAAAAUCCUAUAAUAAUUUAUAAUAAUUCCAAAACGAAGCACCAUUUGACAUUUUUGCAAAAGCAAUUGUGGUUCAGAAUCGUCUCAGCUACCCUCCAUUUCUGGAUCUUACACUAAUUCUGGUACACCCUGUACGUAUAUUCAGAAUUAGCUGCGAUCAUGCCUGUGAAGAAGUCUCGCAAAAUCGAGGCGCAAGUCGUCGAGGCUAUACGCAGGUUGCAAGCCGUCCAUGGAUCGACUCCGCGAGAAAUCUCCAGUCACAUUUCUCAGGAAUACAACCUCCCCGUGAGCGAGGUCAAGCGACAAGUUCAAAUCGCCCUGAAGCGAGGUGUGGCAUAUGGAAUACUUCAACGUUCGACUGGAGGAUGUUACACGUACAACCAAGACUUCCUCGAGAAAAACAUGAUGAAUUCUGGUGACAGUGGUGUGGAAGUGCCGAGCCACAGAAGAGGUAGACGCAGACGACGACGAUCCAGAAGAUCUAGCAGGAGGCGGCGCAGAUCUCGGCGCAAAUCGCGCAGGAGAGGAUCCCGCAGAAGAAGGCGCAGCAGACGUAGAAGGAGGGCUGAGGUUCCGAAGGAAAUCGACGGAUUACUGGAAAAGUCUUUGGCGAAACAACCCAAGAGAAGCAACAGCCUCUUAAGAAAGGAGAGUCCACAAAGCAAUACAUCCUCCGUCUCCGAUUGUAACGAAGAGAGAAAAACCUCCAAGAGAGAUUUCACGAUGGUUUGAUUCAAAGUAU